GACCGGUGGAAACAGUGCGGCAGCGGUGGGCUAAAUAUUAGAGAGAAAGAAAGAAAAUUUGGAUAAUUCAAAAAAAGAAUAAUAAAUUCUUUGAAAAAAACUACUCUGUAUUCUUCAGUCUUCACCCCCAAAAAACCCAUUCUGUAGUGCGCAAUCUAUUUUUAUUGUACGCAUGUGAUUCUUUGUUUGAAUGUUUCGAUCAAUACUACUUCAAAUCUGUUGGCUCGGCACCAUAGUGAGAGGAAAUCAAAGCUGUCUAAGUUAUUAUGGCGAGAAGAGAUAGAAUCAGUCAGCUGCCGGAAGAUGUACUUGACCAUAUUUUGGGACUAUUGCCUAUCCAACAAGCUGCUAAAAUUGCAGUUUUGUCUACGGUUUGGAGAGAUCUCUGGACCACUCUCACUCAGCUUUGCUUUGAUUGUCACUUCUUUGAGUACUUUAACAGAAAGUAUAGGCGGGCUAGCAAAUAUGUCAGGAAAUCUUCUGCGCUGUAUGUAAUCACAAAAAUUCUCUUGCAGCAUAAGGGAACUAUUCGGAAAUGUGUCAUUCAUUUAUCUCUUUCUGGAGAUCUUAUUGUGAGGUCUCGCUCCUUUGACUUUGAUCAGUGGUUACAUUUAGUUACGUUUAAAGGUGUUGAAGAAUUCCACCUGAGGUUUGGGAGAGCAUACAAGCUGCCGAAUUGUAUCUUUUUGUGCUCAACGCUGAAGAGCUUGCAUCUUCAUGGUUUCUCCAUUGAACCAUUAAAUCUGCCUCGCACAUUUCCGCCUAAUCUCACAUCUCUAUAUCUCGCAUAUGUUGACUUUGGUUCCACAAAUCUUUCUAAUUAUGUUGUGGAUGUUCCUAUGCUGGAGAAUCUGUCAUUUUGGAGUUGUGCGAAUAUACCAGAUUUCAAAAUUACUGCUAGAAAACUUUGCAGUUUGGCAAUUAAUGGCUGGUAUUAUAGUCAACUCAACAAAUCUCCCAGGCUCAACUUGGACUUCAAAUCUAUCUGUACUCUUGACUUGGACAGUUCGUCUCUCCAGUAUAUUGUUGAGGAAAGUGCUACAAGAGAACAGCUACUACAGCCUCAUGCACUGAAUGUGGAACUGUUGAAGGUAUCACGAUUUUGUUUCCAAAGGGAUGUUGUGACCUUUGCAUUUGUCAGCUUGCUAUGCAUAUGCCCGAAGUUAUAUAAACUGGAAAUAAGUUUUACGUAUGAAGAGGAUACUACCAAGGCUAUAGAUGCUACAUCGAACCUAUUGAAAAAGCUUUGCAGUGUAGUUCGAACAUAUGAUGGACUUCUCGUUUUGAAACUUUGCUCAUUCAGAGGAUUUAGGUCUCAAAUGCUUUUCAUUAAGGAGAUGCUGGCCAAUCUUCCAUCACUUGAAACGGUUCUCUUUAUCAAUGACUGUAUUUAUGACAGCAAUAAGAAACAUGAGAUCAUGGAGGAAGUUUUGUGUUUUCCGCGUGCAUCUAUUAAAGCAAAAAUUGUUUAUUAGCAGCUUAUCUUUCCAAAUUGUUGAAUAUACUACAGCACUACUGCACUAGUACAAACUACAAAUAAAGCACUUAUUGUAGGAGCCAUAUGCCUAUUGAAUUGAAGGUAGUCUUUUUGUGCGGUAACACUCGAGGCAACGUAAAUGUUAUGUUAAACAUUUAUGCUACAUGGAAGUUAUGUUUCUCUGUUAAGACUUGUAUGAAUUAAUGCCUUUUUAUCAUAAUGGAUUUACAUAUGAAAUA